CACAGAUGGAACUAGUACAUUCUUGUUAAAUCAAAGCUUUAAGAAAUGCAGGAAACUAUAAGUGUAGAGGAAGCAAGUGUCGAGUAUAAAUAACACAGAGUGCCUGACACCCUGCGAAAGAAACUGGGGCACAGCAGCAGGGACUGAGAUUCAACUCAGAAGGUAACACAUAAGAGAACUAUCUCAUUGUAGGGACUGAAGAAUCAGCACCCCACCCUACGCUGUUAUUUGACAAAGUUAGGCCUUUUUGCCCUAUCUCUGACAAUGGACAGUGUCAAUCUGGACGGUACCUCCAACAACUCAAGCUACUAUGAUGAGGACUAUAAUUAUACUGACUUUGAUCUCACUCCCUAUCUUCCUUGUGGGAAGGAUGAAGUCAGAGCCUUUGGGAAGAUCUUUCUCCCGGUCCUGUACAUCAUGAUUUUUGUUUUCGGAGUGCUCGGCAACAGCUUCCUGAUCCUCAUGAUACUCAAGUACCUCAAGUUGAAAACGAUGACUGACAUCUACCUUUUGAAUUUGGCCAUCUCCGACCUAUUAUUUAGCACGUCACUUCCCUUCUGGGCCACCUAUGUGACCUCAGAAUGGAUCUUCGGAGAUACCAUGUGCAAAAUAAUAAGCGCCCUCUACAGUGUGAAUUUCUACAGUGGCAUCUUCUUCAUAGCCUGCAUGAGCUUGGACAUGUACCUUCACAUUGUCCACACUGUUUCCUUGAAGAACCACAGGACAAUCCACAAGAGUGUUGUCAUCAGUGCUGCUGUUUGGACACUGUCAAUAAUUGUUUCAAUCCCUGAACUCAUAUUCAGUGUGUCCAAGAAAAUUGGCGAUAGACAUACUUGUCUCAGUCAUUUUGGCGAUGAGCAACUGGUGAUCUGGAAGACAACGAUACAACUCCAGGUCAACAUCAUUGCGUUCCUCAUUCCAUUUUUUGCCAUGAUCUUCUUCUAUGCUCGGAUUGCCUCUGUUCUGCUUCACUCCAAAUCCUUUGGUAAAGAGAAAGCCUUGAAACUGGUCAUCAUAUUGUUUGCCGUCUUCUUCAUCCUGUGGUUCCCCUAUAACAUUGUCCUUUUCCUGCAUUCCUUGGAAGACCUUGGCAUCAUUGGUAACUGUGAGAUGAGCAAGAGGCUGGAUUAUGCCUUGCAGGUAACUGAGUCUAUUGCUUUCACCCACUGCUGUUUCAAUCCACUCCUGUAUGCUUUUGUGAACGAAAGAUUUCGGAGACAUGUGAAGAGUAUUUUAGUGAAGCUAAUUCAGAAGGUUGGCUGCAACAAGGAUUUGGGAGUCAUGGUCCCCACUGCAGAGCGCAGUGAAACCAGCAAGCAACAAUACGGCGUGUAUUCCGAUGUGGAAAUGACUAUGGUACAGUAGUGGUCUCAUAAAGGGAGACAUUACAUCAGUUAUUAUGCUUUGAAGUUUUAAAUAACUUUAUAUUGAAUCCUCUCAAAUGUAUUCAAACCUGUUAGAAUGUAAAAAUGCUUAUGAAGUGGUCAUCAAGCUGACCAUACCAAACACAUGAAGCAAAUUACAAAUUGACGAUUCAAAAUCUCAAACUUUUUCUCGACACAAACACCAUGUGGCUGUCCAUUAUACAAUUUCUGUACGUGUUCUCAAAUCUAGCCUUCUUCAACUUUUCCCAACUCUUGCCUUAUCAUCUACUCCUCACCUAAGUUUUGUCUUUGAAGUGCCAUUGUUGGGUGGCAGUAGUGUAGUGAUAAUGUCUCUGUGCUAGUAACCCAAGUAUCUACGCUGAUAUUCCGGGUUCAAAUCCCACCACAACUGCUGGUGGAACUCACUUAAUAAAAGUCUGGACUAUAAAGCUGGUCGUCUGUGGUGGCAACCAUAACAACGAUUGCUGAUUGUUGUAAAAACUCAUCUGGUACAUGAAUGCCCUUUAGGGUAACAAAUGUGCCAUCCUUACCUUCAGAGUCAAGAUUAGAGUGGUGCUGGGA